UAUAAAUUCUGAAAUGGCUUUUAAAGGGAUAAAGGAAACUUUUACUUUCUUUUCGUGAUACCACCAGGCUGAUUUGAGUCAGGAAACAGUCGAGUCAUCCACCUUUCAACGGUCUGAGAAUGAUAAAGAAGUAGAAGUAAAGCAAUCGAAGGAGGACCGAAGUCAGAAAUUAGCUGAUAAGCAUCCGAUUUUGUAUAGUAAUUUUGGGACUCCUAGAACAGAGAUACCCAUCCAGAAUGCUUGAUGUAACCCUUCUAGUGGUGUAUCGGUCAGACAUGAGGAAUUCAUUUGCAUAAAAUAACGGAAGAGAGUUGAUGAGCUCACGGUUGGAGACUCUAGUUGACUCUCCUUUAUCAAGUCCAAGGUAUUCACCAUGAAAAACUAAUUCUAUUGAGAACGGAGAAUCCGACUCUGGCUCUGAGAAAGAAGGUACUGGGUCCCAAGAAAGCUCUAUUGAUCAAAACUAACAAUCUUGCUUUUGAAAACCCUAGUUUUGAAGCUUUACAGGAGGA